AUGGAUCACCGUAAACGAGAUGCCAUUAUAAAACAGUCAUUUACAGUUGGUAAGGUUCAAGAGCAGGUUUAUGAUGCUGUGGUUGUUGGAAGUGGUAUAGGGGGUAUGACAGUAGCUGCCAUUCUCUCUAAGAUUGGGAAGAAAGUAUUAGUAUUGGAGCAGCAUGACCAGGCUGGGGGUUGUUGUCACACCUUUGUUGACAAAAAUUAUGAGUUUGACGUUGGCAUUCACUACAUUGGAGAGAUAGAUGAUGGUAAAUACAACAGAGUUUUGGUGGAUCAGUUGACAGAAGGCCAGCUUGAAUGGGCUCCAUUGAUGAACCCAUUUGACAAGGUAUCCAUUGGUCUAGGGGAUGAUAUGAGACAGUACCCAAUAUAUUAUGACAUGCAGAGGUUUGCAAAAGAGCUGAAGCUGCGUUUCCCAGUUGAAGAACAUGGUGCUAUUGAUGAAUAUAUCCGGUUGGUAAAAGAAUUCUCAGAAUUACCUGAAGUCAUAACUGCAGUGUUGAAGCUCAUGCCACUACCUUUGACUAAACUUCUUCUCAAGAUGGGAAUCUUCAAGAAUGAACUUAUGAAAUGCCAAGAAACAACUGCCUCAGUAGUUAAAAGAUUAACAUCAAACAAAGAUCUGCAGACAGUCUUCACUUACUCCUGGGGAGAUUAUGGAUCUGAGCCAGAAGAAUCUUCAUUUGAGACUCAAGCUGGACUGAUAAAUCACUUUGGAGGAACUGGAGGAUUUUACCCUGUUGGAGGGGCAUCUGAGAUAGCGUUGAACAUUAUUCCAGUCAUUGAGAAAAGUGGGGGACAGGUUCUUGUGAAUGCCAGGGUAGAAAAGAUCGUAGUUGCAAACGGAGCAGUGAAGGGUGUACAAGUGGCCAGAAAAAAUGAAUCUUGUUUCCUAGAGUGUCCAAUUGUGGUUUCAGCUGCAGGACUGAUGAAUACUUGUAACUCUCUGUUGGAUGAGAGUGUGGUGAAAUCAUCUGCCUACUUCUCUAGACUUCUUAAAAAUGACAGGGUAAAAUCAGGUGUGGGUACAAUGAAUGUCUUCUUGGGACUGAACAGGAGUGGAAAGGAACUGAACCUUGUUCGUCAAAAUACUUGGGCUUUUAGUGAUGAACAGGCUGCCAUGGCUGGGACUCAAUGUGAUUACUUUACCCAAGAGAAUGCCCAUGAUGCUUCUGACAAAAAUAUACCACUUCUUUUUAUUUCCUUUCCUAGUACAAAGGAUCCCAACUGGGAUAAUCACCCAGAGAGACGAGAAAAAAGUACUGUAGCAAUUGUUACCUUUGCCCAGUGGAAGUGGUUUGAAUCAUGGGAUGAUCAGCCUCUAAAACGAAGAGGAGAUGAUUAUGAUAGGGCCAAGAAAUUAAUUGGUCAAAAGAUGAUUGAUCAGACAUGUCAGUUGUUCCCUCAGAUAGAAGAGUAUAUUGACUAUGUGGAUAUUGGCACUCCAGUGACAAACAACAGCUACAUUUCAUCAUCAAAGGGUGAGAUUUAUGGCUUAGAUCACAAUGUUGAUAGAUUUGCCCCAGAAGCUAAUGCAGCAUUGAGACCAGAAACAGAUAUUUCUGGACUGAUCAUGACAGGUCAAGAUGUUUUGAUGUGUGGGUUUACUGGUGCUCUAAUGGGUGGUGCACUGACAUCCUGUGCUAUGCUGAAACGUGACAUCUUCACUGAUAUCGAGAACUUACGCAAAAAAUCUUACCAAUGCUCAAAGGAGGACUAA